AUGGCUCCUGCUGCUGCCUCGGAUGCGGCCCCGGCAUCCAAACAAGAGUCUCCCGAAGAGCACGAGCACCGCGAAACUCAAUCGAGCAUAUUGUCAAUCAAUUCGGCAAGAUCCGAGUCGCAAGAGUCGCGCACACAACAUGACGAAAAGAAUGGUGGUGUCUGGUCCACCGGGCUAGACGGCCUGGACGUUGGCGCUGGUGUCGACCCCCAGAACACGGCGGAGCUCGGCAUGUCGAGAAGCCAGUCGAGAGCAUCGUCGACUCGCACAAGGCCUGCUGUGGUUGUUCCGCGUGGUCAGCGCCGUGGUCUCUUGAGUCGCUUUACGAUUGUACCCGAAGUCGUGAAUCCGUAUGAUUAUAAAAGGGUUACGAAAUGGGGCAUUACCGCUACCAUUGCCGUUGCGACUGCAGCAGCACCGCUCGGUUCCUCCAUCUUUUACCCCGCUUUAAACACCAUAUCUAUCGAGUUCAACACCACUUCCACCAUUACCAACCUGGCUGUUGCAAUGUACAUGGUAGCCAUGUCCAUAUUCCCCAUCUGGUGGUCCGCCUUUUCUGAACAAUUCGGUCGUCGCUCCAUCUACCUCGCGUCCUUUUCACUCUUUGUCCUCUUUUCCAUUGCCAGCGCCUUAAGCGUCGACAUUUCCAUGCUCAUCGUCAUGCGCAUCGGCGUCGGCGGCGCUUCUGCGAGCGUCCAAGCCGUCGGCGCCGGCACCAUUGCCGACAUUUGGGAGCCGCGCGAGCGCGGCCUCGCCAUGAGCAUGUUUUACCUUGGCCCGCUGCUCGGACCGUUGUUUGCGCCCAUCAUUGGCGGUGCCUUGUCGCAGGCGUUUGGCUGGAAAUCGACCAUGUGGUUCCUGGCCAUUUACGGCGGCGUCAUUGUCGUCAUGCUGACGCUCCUCCUUCCCGAGACCUUGGCUCGAGAAAAAGCUGCGCAGCCGCCACCGCCGCGACCGCCACUCAUCAGCGGUAAUGAUACUGCUGCUGCUUCGCUUAGACGCUUGUCGACGAGGGAAUCGACCACACUGCAUGCCAAGAAAUUCACGAGCGCCGUUUACCGCUUCAUCUUUGCUCCCCUCAAAGUCCUGCUGAUUCUCCGUUUCCCUCCCGUUCUCAUUACAGUCAUUCUGGCUGCAUUUGCCUUUGGAAGCCUCUUUGUCAUGAACAUUACUGUUCAGCAGCAAUUCGCCAAGCCGCCGUAUUCGUACCCAGAGCUUACAGUCGGCCUGCUCUACAUUCCAUCCGGACUCGGCUACGUUGUCGGUUCACUGGUCGGCGGCCGCUGGCUCGACUACAUCAUGGCCCGCGAGGCUGUCAAGGCAAACCGCUACAACGACAAGGGCAAACUAGUCUAUCUACCCGAAGACCGUCUUCGUGAAAAUGCCUGGAUGGCUGUGACAGUAUACCCUUGCGGCCUGCUCUUGUUUGGAUGGACCAUCAACUACGGCGUCAUGUGGCUUGCGCCAGCCGCUGGCGCAUUUAUUUUUGGAAUCACAUCUAUGCUCGUCUUUUCCGCAGCCACUACCAUGCUUACCGAGUUUAUACGCAAAAAGAGCUCGGCCGGCGUUGCCGUAAAUAACUUUGUGCGCAAUCUCCUCAGUUGUAUCGGCACUGUUGUCGCUGCGCCGUGGCUCAAUGCCGUUGGACCUGGCUGGGUAUUCACUGCAACAGCACUUUUUUGCAUGGUUAUUAGUUACACUUGUGUCUUUUUCCUCCAACGUAAUGGUCCAAAGUGGCGCAAGGUCAUGGAAAAGGCACUUGCCGAGACAAUGUAA